CGUUGUGUAUCGCGGUAUACAUAUACAUAGAGUCAAGUGAGCCCUGCAUCAGACGUUUCAACUGGACAGGCCAGGUGAAGACUAGUAAUAUUGUUCUUUACCCAAAUCGUGUUUGUGAAGAUGUUCCUACAGCUCUGCAUACGUUUCCUCCAGCGCAUCUUUGCAACUGUCCUGGCCUGGAUCGGUGUGCGAGGACAGCAGGUGCACGGCGCAUCACAGUUCUCUUCUACAGAAAAAGUCAAUCCAGCUCCAAUCAAGGUGGUGAACAAUGUUAUUUCUCAAGCUGCGGCAACUCCAAGCAGUGUUAAUUAUCAUUUUACCCGACAGUGCAAUUAUAAGUGCGGUUUUUGUUUCCACACUGCAAAAACGUCUUUUGUCCUACCUAUUGAGGAAGCAAAGAGAGGUUUACAGCUUCUGAAGGAAUCAGGACUGGAAAAAAUAAACUUUUCUGGCGGAGAACCUUUCAUACACGACAGAGGUGAUUUCUUGGGGAAAUUAGUCCAAUACUGCAAACACGACCUCCAGCUCCCAAGUGUCAGUAUUGUCAGCAAUGGCAGCAUGAUCAGAGAAAAGUGGUUCCAAACAUAUGGCGAAUACCUGGACAUUCUGGCCAUUUCCUGUGACAGCUUUGACGAGGACACCAACCAGACUAUUGGCAGAGCCCAGGGCAGGAAGAGCCACCUGGACAACCUUUUCAAGGUCCGUGACUGGUGCCGGAAGUACAAGGUGGCGUUCAAAAUCAACUCUGUGAUCAACACCUUCAAUGUGGAUGAAGACAUGAGAGAAAACAUCACCAAACUCAACCCUGUACGCUGGAAGGUGUUCCAGUGUCUGCUGAUCGAUGGCGAGAACGCUGGGGAGAACAGUCUGAGGGAGGCAGAAAGAUUUCUCAUCAGUGAUCAGCAGUUUCAGGACUUCCUGGAAAGGCACAGCAGCAUUAGCUGCCUGGUACCAGAGUCCAAUCAGAAGAUGAGAGAUUCCUACCUCAUUCUGGAUGAAUAUAUGCGUUUCCUGGAUUGCCGAGAGGGGAGGAAAGAUCCAUCCAAGUCCAUCCUUGAUGUUGGCGUGGAAGAGGCCAUUCAGUUCAGUGGCUUUGACGAGAAGAUGUUCCUAAAGAGAGGAGGGAAAUAUGUGUGGAGCAAAGCUGACAUGCGGCUCGAUUGGUGAUCCACACAUUAUAAUCAGUUAUUGCUACACUUCUGUAUGUAUUUUCGGUAUGUUUUUUUAUAAGAAAUUGUUUCCACCUGUAUAACUGCACUUUACACUUAAAUAUUUAUGAUAUUCUAAAAGUUAUGUUGGAAUCUUUUACUGCUAUACCUUGAGGCGUUUGUGUACUGUACCUUUAAUUAGUAGUAAAAUUACACAACACAGCUACUCUACAGGGACAACUAUUUAAUCACUCACUAUCCCACAAGAUAAUAACUUUUUGUGUGCCCCGUUUUGUUUGAAUUUUCUUAUAUACCUUGUUAUCAAAAUUUGUUUAUAUUUUCUAUUCACCAACCAAGAGGCUUAUUUGCACUUUCAUGUAGCAUUUGGAAUUUAGCACUUUGAUUGAAGUGUAAGAAAUGUAUGAAUUGCAGUGUGUUACAUCUCUCUGUGUUUGUAAUGUAUCUCAAAUAAAUACAAAAAUAUGACAUUGGA